UUUGGCGCGGAGUUUGGCGGCCGGGGCUUACAGUGGCGGGAGUUGGAGGUGAGUCCGCGUCGCGGUGUGGAGCUCGCGGGCUGCCGCGUCUGCGGGACUCGGGGCGAUCCCCGCGGCUUCUCCCUCAGGCGAGCCUCCCCUCGGGCCCAGAUGCUCUUCAACUCGGUGCUCCGCCAGCCGCAGUUCGGCGCGCCGAGGCUCGGAUGGUCUUCAAAUUACCCUCUUCAGUCCCUUCUGAGUGGUUAUCAGUGCAGCUGUAAUGAUGAGCACACAUCCUAUGGAGAAACAGGAGUCCCCGUUCCUCCUUUCGGAUGCACCUUCUCUUCUGCUCCCAGUAUGGAGCAUAUAUUAGCGGUUGCCAAUGAAGAGGGUUUCGUCAGAUUAUACAACACAGAAUCACAGACUACCAAAAAGACGUGCUUCAAGGAAUGGAUGGCUCACUGGAAUGCAGUCUUUGACCUGGCCUGGGUCCCUGGUGAACUUAAACUUGUUACAGCAGCAGGUGAUCAAACAGCCAGAUUUUGGGAUGUAAAAGCUGGUGAGCUGAUGGGAACAUGCAAAGGUCAUCAGUGCAGCCUCAAAUCUGUAGCUUUUUCUAAGUUUCAGAAAGCUGUGUUCUGUACAGGUGGGAGAGAUGGCAACAUUAUGGUCUGGGACACCAGGUGCAACAAAAAAGAUGGGUUUUAUAGACAAGUGAAUCAAAUCAGUGGAGCUCACAAUACCGCAGACAAGCAAACCCCUUCAAAGCCCAAGAAGAAACCGAAUUCAAAAGGGCUUGCUCCUUCUGUGGAUUCCCAGCAGAGUGUUACUGUGGUCCUCUUUCAAGAUGAGAAUGCAUUAGUCUCAGCAGGAGCUGUGGAUGGAAUAAUAAAAGUCUGGGAUUUGCGCAAGAAUUACAGCACUUAUCGACAAGAACCCAUAGCAUCCAAGUCUUUUCUGUACCCAGGUAGCAGCACUCGAAAACUAGGGUACUCAAGUCUGGUUUUGGAUUCUACUGGCUCUACUUUAUUUGCUAAUUGCACAGAUGACAACAUCUAUAUGUUCAAUAUGACUGGCUUAAAGAUUUCUCCAGUGGCUGUCUUCAAUGGACACCAGAACUCUACCUUUUAUGUAAAAUCAAGCCUUAGUCCAGAUGACCAGUUUUUAAUCAGUGGCUCAAGUGACGAAGCUGCCUACAUAUGGAAGGUUUCCAUGCCAUGGCUUCCUCCUACUGUGCUCCUGGGUCAUUCUCAAGAGGUCACAUCUGUAUGCUGGUGUCCAUCAGACUUCACAAAGAUUGCUACCUGCUCUGAUGAUAACACACUAAAAAUCUGGCGUUUGAAUAGAGGCUUAGAGGAGAAACCAGGAGGAGAUAAACAUUCCAUAGUGGGUUGGACCUCUCAGAAGAAAAAUGAGGCAAGACCAGGCCUAGUAAUGGUACCAAGUAGCCAGAGUACUCCUGCUAAAGCCCCCAGAGUAAGGAGCAGUCCGUCUAUUUCCUCUCCAUCUUCAGCAGCUUGUGCUCCAAACUGUGCAGGAGACCUCCCUCUUCCUUCAAAUACUCCCACGUGCUCAAUCAAAACCCCUCCUGCCAAGACCCAGUCUCCAGUCAACAGAAGAGGCUCUGUCUCGUCUGUAUCUCCCAAGCCACUCUCAUCUUUCAAGAUGUCACUUAGAAACUGGGUGACUCGAACACCUUCCUCCUCACCACCCAUCACUCCACCAGCUUCUGAAACAAAGGUCUCCUCUCCUAGGAAAGCCCUCAUUCCUGUGAGCCAGAAGUCAUCCAAAACAGAUGCUUGUUCUGAAUCUAGAAAUAGAGUGAAGAGGCGUCUAGACUCAAGCUGUCUGGAAAGUGUGAAACAAAAGUGCGUGAAGAGUUGCAGUUGUGUUACUGAGCUUGACGGCCAGGUGGAGAGUCUUCAUUUGGACCUGUGCUGCAUUGCUGGCAACCAGGAAGACCUCAGCAAGGACUCUGUGGGUCCUACCAAAUCAAGCAAGAUGGAGGGAGCUAGCACGAGCACCUCAGAGCCUCCUUCUCCUGUCAGCCCUUACAUUUCAGAAAGCUGUGGAACAUUACCUCUUGCUUUGAGACCUUGUGGAGAUGGGUCCCCAGUUGUGGGCAAAGAGAAUAGCUCCCCAGAGAAUAAGAACUGGUUGUUGGCCAUGGCAGCCAAACGGAAGGCUGAGAAUUCAUCUCCAAGAAGUCCAUCAUCCCAGACACCCAGCUCCAGGAGACAGAGCGGAAAGACGUCACCCGGCCCAGUCACCAUUACUCCCAGCUCCAUGAGGAAGAUCUGUACAUACUUUCGUAGAAAGUCUCAAGAUGACUUCUGUAGUCCUGAACACUCAACAGAAUUGUAGAUCCUGAUCUGAGAAUUAACUGAACUUUGGGUCCACAAAGACAAAGGAAAAAAGAGUGGUUUUGUCACUCUGGUCUUUCAGAAAACUGCCAUCUUUUCAGUUUUGAAAAAAAGCCUUUCAGCUCUUUCACAUACCUUGUGUGGUUCACUUCCUCAGUAAACUAUGUCUAAAUCCCAGACAGUUCGUUUGCCACCGUGUAGUUAUCUCCUCCACCUUUGCAUCUUCUCUGCUAAUGACAUCAGUUCAUUGGGGCCAAAAAACAAGAUAUGCCUCUUGUUGUCCUUGAAGUACGGUGCACAGUAGAGGAUCUGCCAGCCUACCACGUGGCCUAUCGCUGAAGACAUCCUCUCCAGAAAGAAGGUGCCUUAAAACUAGCAUGAUUUUAUAUGAAAUAUAUAAUGUGUUCACUAGAGUUUUGUGUUUUUUUUUCCAAAGUAUACAAAAAAUGUGAUAUUACCAAAGUACAUUCAUACUGAUUCAGUGUUAAAAUAGUUUCUUGAGUUGAAGUCAUUUUAAAUGCAGUGAUCAAUGUUAAUUCUUUGGAGAAAACAACAGAAAACUGAAAUUUAAAGCCCACUGUAUUUCUAAACAGUUUUCUGUCUCAACAGCAGUGUCACACUGCACAGGAGGUUGUGACUGUAGUACUAGAGAGAAACGUUUAUGAGGGAUAGUUAACACCGGGAAACCAGGACUUACAUGUAGUGCAGUCCUCAUUCUAGGGUUUGUGACUUUUUAGUAUCACUAGAUUUUAAAAUAAUCUCAUGAUAUUUUUAUACAGAUGAUAGCUAUGAACUGAAAAUCCAGAACCUGAAAAGUAAGCCUUGGUUUUCUCUUUGAUUUUCACAAAAAGCACUAGCUUUCUAGCAUAUUGUUAGCAAAAAAUUACUGCACUUUAUCUAGAUGUUUAGUACAGAGUAUAUUGACUGAGUCUAAAUAAUGUACAGAGUAUUUUAAAUGUCUCCCCCCUUAAACAAUCAUGCAUCUUCUUAAGAUGAACCAUCAUUUCCUUUCCCCUUGAACCUCAUGGCAAGAAGCUUUAUUGCUUGGAAGGGUGUCUCCUUCCAUUAGGAAGGAGUUCAUUCAUUCAAAUCUCUAGAGUACAGAUUAAAUCUUAUUCCUGUUUUUCUUGCAAUUUUAAAAUCUCUUAUUGAAAGGUCUUAAAUCUUUUGAGAUUCUAAAUUAAACUUAUAAAACAAGUUUUAUUCAAGAAAAAAAUAAUACAGGGAAGUCAAAACCAAGCAUACCUUAGCUUUGGCUGAGUAGGCAAUCUACUAUGUAUGUUUGCUUUUUGAGUGUUAGACAGUGGAAUGUAAUGAUGCAUACCUGUCAACAAUGCUAAGUAUCUCCCCUAUUUUUAAGGUGGGGGAAUGCAGGGUUGUCAAGAAAGCAAACAGCUCUGUGUCUUGCAUCUGCCAGCACGCUGGAAGUGGCUGUCAGAAACUUCCAGAGCCUACUUACUUUGCGGAAAACUAGUGCUGUGGAUGAGUGCCAAAGGUCAAAUGUAAUGAAGUAGUAAUUAUUCUGCCUGUGUGUGUGUCAGACUUUGAGCUGGUCUUGAAUAAUAAAGCCUUUUAUCUUA